AUGCAAGUACUCGCCUCAACAGACGGCUCCGAGCCUAGAAUCGGCUGGGAAUACCAAACCGCCUGCAUCAGCAUGCUCAAAAAAGAACUCAAAGAUGAAAGCGAAAUCUGCUUCAUCCACCUCGCCGCCAAGUUCGCCCUCGGUCGAAUCACCCUAGACGAGUAUCUCGACGGUGUGCUUGCGCAUCUGAGAAAGUCGUCCCAGGCAAAGCACAAGUUUGAUGUCUUGUCUAUGGAGCUGUGGCCCGAGAAUGAUUUGUGGCCUUUGACUACUUCGGACAUUUUUGCGGGAUCUGUCAGGGCGUUGAUGUGGUCUCCUUCCUUCACUCCUUUCGAGGACAAAGAAUGGAAGUGUCUGCGAGCACUCGCUUCCCUAGCUUGGAACCUAGAUGACCCCGACGAAUUCCAGACACGCGCGCGCGAGGAGGGCCUGGAUCCAUCCUCUCUCUCACCUGAGGCUGCAGACCUCCUCCUAGUCAUCUGUUACUGCAGACGCCACGUCAAACUUCUCGAGCAUCUAGUCCACACGGUUCAACCCCCAGCAGAGUCCAGUUUUGACCGUCUCCCUUUCUACGCAAUCGAAGCACGUACCGAUUCGUGGUCCAAUACAGCCCAACACUCUCCCAAGAGUCCCGAAAACGUCACCAUCGAGAUACAGAUCUGGACGCUCCUGUUGAACUCUUCUUGGAUUCAUAACCCUGUCGACGAAAAUGUUGCAGCAGCAAUGACAUCGCUCGGCCAUACACGCGCUGGCAGUGACCCCUGGGCCAUUGAGUACACCUCUCCAGCCUUGAGUGAAUUCCAUUCUACCCUGGUUGCCAGAGAGUUCUUCCCAUCUCUGUCUCAAGUCGCCUCGUUCAUCCUGAGCUGCCCAGAUGUCGAGAUCGGCCGUCGGUACUUCAAAAAGAUGCCCGGUAGCAUGAUUUCGAGCCACAGGUUCUUCUACCCUUCCCAUACAGGAGGCUUGCUUGUCCCAAUCAUCGAGUCCAAGACACUCAGUGACCAGCAUCGUCUCGACCUCGUACGACUGGUGCUAGAGGAGAUUCCAAGAUUGGACCUCGAUGCCAGGAUCGACCGCCCCUGGGUCGCCGACAUGCGGAGCUUCGGAGCUCCUGGCGAUCCGUGGGAUUUCUUUAACCCACUCAUGGCAGCGGGUUGGCGUGGAGACAAGAAGAUGGCAGAGUUGCUUUUAGAGCACGGGGCUAAACCGGAGGUUAAGGAUUGCUUGUCCAAUCUUGAUGCGGGGGGGUUAGCUCGACAGCAGGGGCAUAAGAAGUUUGCUAGAUGGUUUGAAGGCAGACAAGCGAGCUGA